AUGGCUUCCCGCCUCCUCCACCUGCGCCGCCUCCUCCCGGCCGCGCGCCCGUCAUGCGCCGCCGCGUUCUCCACCGCCGUCACCCCGACCCCGCAGGUCUCCGGUCUCGUCGACGAGAUCUGCGGCCUCAACCUCAUCGAGGCCUCCUCCCUCGCCGAUGCGCUGCGCGGCCGCCUCGGCGUCGACCAGCUCCCUCCCCUAGCCAUCCUCAUGGGCGGCGCAGCCCCGCUGGCCGGAGAUGCUGCCGGGGCCGGCGAGGAGGCGAAACCCAAGGAGGAAAAAAUGGCGUUCGACGUGAAGCUGGAGGGGUUCGACGCCGCGGCGAAGCUCAAGAUUAUCAAGGAGCUGAGGGCGAUCACGAGUUUGGGCCUGAAGGAGGCCAAGGAGCUCGUGGAGAAGGCGCCGGCCGUGCUCAAGGCCGGGGUUCCCAAGGAGGAGGCGGAGAGCAUCGCCGAGAAGAUGCGGGCACUGGGCGCCAAGAUUGUUCUCGAGGCCUGGGUGCCUGGUGAUUUGUUGUUCUACUUCAUUCGGUCACUGACAUGUGAAACUACAUAG